AUGGCUGCACGUCCUCAUACAUUAAACCCAAGGCAUCCGGUCAACUUUAGACCAGCAAGCUCCUUGCCUCUUCAACCCGGUAGCAGCUACCAAUCAACACACCUACCUCUUCCUCCCGGAGUCAGGAGAGGGCCCACAUUCCCUCCUUCAUCGGCGGGUACUGUAGCUUCUACAUCAGCGCCCGUCACAGCUUUCACACCUUCACCCGCGAUGGCUGCACGUCCUCAUACAUUAAACCCAAGACAUCCGGUCAAAUUUAGACCAGCAAGUUCCUUGCCUGUUCAACCCGGUAGCAGCCACCAACCAACGCACCUACCCCUUCCUCCCAGAGUCAGGGCAGGGUCCACAUCCCCUCCUUCAUCAGCAGGUAUCUCACCCUCUAUGACUGCUUCUGCUGGAAUGACCUCGCAGACUUCACCUCUUCCUUCCCGUCCCUUCUCCCAGCAUUCUCAGGGCCCAUCUGCAUCAUCCAUACUGUCAACCGAUGGCCGUUACGCAGAGUUCAUACCCCAGCUAUCUCCGCAUGUAUCACCAACACGGCAAGGACAGGUUCCUUACCAGUUAACGCCCGAAAGUUUCCAAUCACAGGCCUCACAGCCGCCCCAUCCACAGCAUGCAAGGGCACUAACUACACCUGCUAAACCAGUUCAUUCUAGCAGGGGACUUGGUAAAAAUAUUGCAGCAGGUGUUCUUGGUCUGCUCGGUGGGGUUGUGCUCGCUGAGGCCGCCGGCGAUGAUGAUAUUGUUGAUGAUAUCACUGAAAUUAUGGAUGACAUGACGAUUGGAAACUUUGCAGAUGAUCAGUCCGACCCCGAUAUGGACACUAAUAAUAAUCAAGGGAGCGGAUCUGACUCUACGGGCAUUCAAGGAGACCAGACGUCUCCUGGGGAUGCCUCCAACGUAACAGACUAUCAAGGAGACCAGACGUUUACCGAGGACUUCUUUGACCCUACGGCAAACAUCCAAGUAGACCAGUCAUUUUCCGGAGUCUCUUUUGACACGCAGUACUACGGAGACCAGACAGUCACUGAGGACUUCUUUGAUCCUACGGUGAACAUUCAAGUAGACCAGACGUUUGACGGGGUCUCAUUUGACGCACCAUACUACCAAGGAGACCUGAUAGUCACCGAGGACUUCUUUGAUCCUACGGCGAACAUUCAAGUAGACCAGACGUUUAACGAGGUCUCAUUUGACGCACCGUACUACCAAGGAGACCAGACAUUUACCGAGGACUUCGUUGAUCCUACGGCGAACAUUCAAGUAGACCAGGCGUUUGACGAGGUCUCAUUUGACGCAUCAUACUGCCAAGGAGACCAGACAUUUACCGAGAACUUUUUUGAUCCUACGGCGAGCAUUCAAGUAGACCAGAAGUUUGACGGGGUCUCCUUUGACGCGCCAUACUAUCAAGGAGACCAGCUGUUCACUGGCGACCCCUCCGGCCAAAUAUGGGUCGUGUCUAAUCAGACCAUAGGAAAUGGAGUAGACCCCAAUCAAUCUCAAGGACUCCACCACACAUCCCCACAAAGCUCUCAUACAUCCCACACCCAGAACCCGCAUAUGAAUUAUGGUGCUCACCCCUCCUUUGGGACCGCCGCUCAUACUACACACUCGCAGGGACCGCCAAUACCAGCCCAUCAUGUUGUGAACCAUGGUCACGGCACCGCCCCUCACCAUGCUCAUUCGCCCCAAUCCCAGGCGGGAUCCUCCGUCCAUCCCGCACAACAUCACGCUCAGGGAAACUUGCAACAGAAUCACACUGGUCAACAGAAUCACACUGGCCAACAUAAUCACACUGAUCAUCAUCAUAGUCAUCAUAGUCAUGGUCUAAGCAAGACUAUGAAAUUAGUCAAGGACACGUUGAUUACUGGUAGUGCUCUCGCAGUGCUUGUAGGGAAUGGGGGUGGAUGA